AAUAUAGGGGACCGCUAUAACCCAGUGCCAUACAAGUAUAUGGCGUUUUUCUUGUAGGAAUUCCGUGCCCGGAUUGUGUUUGCUGUGUUGCGAGAAAGACAUUAAAAUGGCAAUGAAUAGAAACGUAUCAAUAAUUUUGGAAAUGCCCAAAAGACAUGAACUGGACAAUGAUCCGGAUAGUAGAACAGAUACGGACGAGGCGAGCGAAUGUGAGAUGGCUACCGGAUUGACUAGUCAGCCGCACAGCGUGGACGAACGGCUUGAAAUAAAGGAACAGAUGUACCAGGAUAAGCUCGCCAAUCUGUUGAGCCAGCUGGAGAUGUGUAAACAGCGCAAACAUCCGGAAUAUUUGAAAAUAGUGGAGCGUAUUAAAAGCGAACUGGACGAUCGUUUGCUGUUGAACGAAGUGGAACGUGACUAUCUGCUUGAGUGUGCCGAGCGGGACUGCAUCCUGGAAAAGGCAGCCGCAGAGAAGGAGUACGAUGAGAAGAAGGCGGAGCUGAUUGAAAAUGUGAUCGCCGAUCUGGAGGAUCAGAAAAAGAUGAUUGAGCACGAGUUCGCAACGAUGGAGUUGAACGGGGACUCGAUCGAUGUAAAGCCCACGGUUACGCGGAAGUUGCGCCGCCGACCGAAUGAACCACUACCGGUGCCGGAAAAGCGUCGCAAGCCCACCACAAACCAGCUAACGUUUCUGUUGGAUGAUAAGGAAAUUGAGCACGAUUUAAAGCUGAUUGCAAGGGGCAAACCUCCGAGCGCAGGGAGCCGGGGGGCGCACCACGCCAUCAAUGAAGGUGCGAGCGGUAGCGGUAGUUCGGGGUCGCAGGGUAGGACUGGUUCCACCAACACCGGUACCAAUUCGGCCGACCAAAAUGGUUCCCAGGCGGAGGGCUACGGCAGCGGAACAACUUCCACCGGACAAGGAUUGGGUGGUCAAUCGAGCCAACAACAGCCAGCGGACACGCGAAUCGAGGACGGAAAGCUAUGGUAUGAGCGGCGGUGGUUCCACCGCGGCCAACCGGUACAUGUGGAGGGCCGGGACAUUUCACGCUUUUCGGCCAACAUUUCCGCGAUCGGCAUUGAGGCGAUCUGCGUGAAGAAAACAACCGAUGGCCAGAAGGUGCGGAUCUUUCUGUCGCACUUGCGCCGCGGCAAGGUGUCUAUAAAGCGUCGAGCAAAUUAAUGGUUGUGACACAUAUUGCAAAUUAAAUUAAUGUGACACACAUUGCACAUUUUACGUAUUGUAAGCUCCUACACUUUUCACGUAGUGUAAUUUAGAGAAUUCAAGCGACGAAUCGAUUUUUGUUCUUUCCUAUUGAUAUUAUUGUGAAUAUACUCCUUACUUAUGUAAUUCUAAGCGAUAAAUUGUUUCAGUACCUUUAGGAUCUCAUAACAACACAUCCAAAGCACUGCUGGAUGAAAGACUAUGUUUGAAACACGCGAGCGUAGAAGUGGUCAUUCGAAGGAUAGCUAAAGGUUCUAUUGUAUUUUCAUGCAGUCUGGCAAAGAACAAUUCUUAGGUCCUUACACGAUGUUAGUGUCUGUGGAACUGGCCAUACGCAUGGAAUAGUUCCGAAAGCUGGCAAACCAGAACGGAUUCUGGGGAUAGUUAAUAAAGGUUCAGUAUCCUAUCGUGAGGGAGA